AUGUUUGCAGUCCGGACUGGUGGGAUAAUGAGGAAAAAAUAUCCAGAGUUAAAGAAGCAACAGAACCCUGAAAAGGUCUCCUUAGAAAAGGAAAAGAGUUACAGCAUUUCUGGGCAGAUGAAACAAAAGUCCAGAAUUUUGGCCCUUUUGCACCAGCUGGAAAUGAACUGGUACCUAAAAAUCUGUGAAUUAUCCUAUGAAUAUACGGUAGCUCAUACCAGUGGCAUGCCUCACAGAAACCUUGGGAAAUCUGGAUUAAGAGUUUCUUGUUUGGGACUGGGGACUUGGGUCACCUUUGGAGGUCAAGUUUCAGAUGAGGUGGCUGAACAUCUAAUGACCAUUGCAUAUGACAGUGGUGUGAAUCUCUUCGACACAGCAGAGGUAUAUGCAGCUGGAAAGGCUGAAAUUAUUUUGGGAAACAUUAUCAAAAAGAAAGGCUGGAGGAGGUCAAGUCUGGUCAUUACAACAAAGCUCUACUGGGGUGGAAAAGCUGAAACAGAAAGAGGACUUUCAAGGAAACACAUUAUUGAAGGAUUAAAAGCCUCUCUCCAGAGACUGCAGCUUGAAUAUGUGGAUGUGGUCUUUGCAAACCGACCAGAUGGUAAUACUCCAAUGGAAGAGAUUGUCCGAGCAAUGACACAUGUGAUUGACCGGGGGAUGACAAUGUAUUGGGGGACUUCGCGCUGGAGUGCCAUGGAGAUUAUGGAAGCAUAUUCGGUAGCAAGGCAGUUUAAUAUGAUCCCACCAGUAUGUGAGCAAGCAGAGUAUCACCUUUUCCAAAGAGACAAAGUUGAGGUUCAGUUGCCGGAAUUAUACCACAAGAUAGGAGUUGGAGCAAUGACUUGGUCUCCUCUUGCUUGUGGGAUUAUCUCAGGAAAAUAUGCCAGUGGAGUUCCUGAAGGAUCAAGGGCAUCCUUGAAGUGCUAUCAAUGGCUAAAGGAGAAAAUUGUGAACGAGGAAGGAAAAAAGCAACAAUCAAAGCUGAAAGAACUUUUCCCAAUUGCUGAACGCCUUGGAUGUACACUACCUCAGCUAGCAGUCGCAUGGUGUCUUCGUAAUGAAGGUGUGAGUUCGGUUCUCCUUGGAUCAUCCAAUGCUGAGCAAUUGAUAGAAAAUCUUGGGGCCAUACAGGUUCUUCCAAAGAUGACAACUCACAUUGUGAAUGAAAUUGAUAAUAUUUUGGGGAACAAACCUUUCUGCAAAAAGGACUACAGAUCCUAAUGUACUGCAUGAUUAGUCUGGACUGCAUGGCUAAACAACAGCUCUGUACAUAGUAGUGUACUGAGUUGAUACUAUCCAGUUACAAUUUUAAAAAAAUAUUCUGCAAUUGUAAUUUACUAGGUUCUCCAAGGUGGUUAUGUUCCACCAAAAUUCAGUAACACAGCUGAUCUGUCUAAACUAAAUUAUCUUUACUGUUUUUAAAAUAUAUCAAAUCUUAAGAAUUUGGAUUUAAUCUUGACUCAGAUCAAUUUGACUCUAAGGAAAGAAUGAAAAAUAUAUAAAAAAAGCAAAAACAUUCAGUUCACUGGGGUUUGCGUAGGAUUUUCUGAACAGAAUCUAACCCCAGAGUCUUAUUUUUCUUUCUUCCUAUUUAUGCAGUGAAAAUACAAAGAAUCAAAGAUUUCUAAGCCUUAGGUACUUGAAAAUAAAAAGAAGGAUGUAUAGAUAUAUUUUUUCAAUAAAUGAAAAGCCAGAUACAGUUGAAAGCUUAGACAAUUUCAGGGAUUUAGAUUCGUCAAGCUCUCUUAACAAUAGGUAAGUUCAAAGUUUUGCCAUUUGCAUUUUUAAAUAGAAUUGAUUUCUAGAUAAACGGUUCAGUUUGGGUUUGGGCUGAAAGAAGGGUUUACUGUUUGAAGACAGAAAAAAAAUAUGAGGAUUUGGGAGAUUGGUUAUCUAUGUCUAUCAUCCAUUUUUUAAAAUGUUCCGGCCAAGCACUUGUAAGCAAGAUUCAGACUGUAAACCUGCAGGCAGGACUAACUUGUUUUUAUUGCUCAUAUAUAAGCCAUUCUGGCAUUCUGAGAACUUUGCUUGAAGCACAAUGCAAGAAUGCUUUAAGGAAGAAUGAUUGGAAUUGCUGUACAAUUCCAUCGAAAUAACCUGAUUUUAACGUGAUUUUGGCUGGAUUGUAAUACAUUGCUUUAAAAAAGCCAAGUUGCUUUCUGAAGUGUAAAGUACUGAAGUAAACAGAUACCAUGGAGAUGUUCACUGGCUAAGAACACUUAGCCAAUGAAAUUAAAGAGAAAAAUGAUUGUUCCUACAGAAAUGGAAAUUGAAAUGCUGUAGUUAACUGCUCUUUUGCAAAAAUCUUUUUGGCAGUCUAGGCAACUGUAUAAUAAAUGUACAUAGUGUGUAGAGCUGUAUACUUUUCUGAUAGCCAUGUAGAUGAAAGUACUUUAUCACAGUUCAAUGAAAUCCUCAGAUGUUUGUUUGCUCGGUUCCUUUCGUUCCCCCUUUCCAUUUGUAAAUUGAAUCUGUGAUCGCUAUUAUUGCAGCAUUAGACUAACAGGAGCAAAUGGUUGGAUUUUUCAGUCAUCCUGUUCAUCUGAAGAUUAAAAGCGGCCAAGUAUUAAACCAGGCUAAUGAAUGCCAGGGCUGCAUUCUAGAAUUUGGGGUGCAGAUUCCAUGUAUGCAUUUGCUGUGGCAUUUUAAAUGCUGCUAUUUUUAUUUGCACACAAUUAUUUUGUUGCAGCCAUGUGGCUUACAGCCAGCAAAAGCAAACUGAAAAAUGAGGACACCAUAUGCUAAGAAUCUGUACAAAAAAGAAAAAAAAAGACAUGGGCAUCCAUGUGCAUCAAAGGAGUCUCUCUGUUCUGCCACAUUUCCCAGGUUUUAUUUACAGGUUUCCAUGAAAGAUACUUCAGAUAGACAAAAAACAUGCAAUUUUCUUGGCAGAUGUAAGGAAACAAAUGGUACGAAAUCUCUGGCCACAGCCUAGAUUCCCAUGCAGUCCUUCAUUCAAGGACCCUUACUAAUCUGGUUAAGCUUUUAAGUCCAAAAUUAUCCUGGUACUUGAGGAGAGACCACUACUGUUCGGGCUUCAAUACUGUGUAACUUCAAGCUCUUAACCAUGCUUGUAUCUCUUUUUCUUCUGUAUUUUGCUUUUGUUGGUUACAGAUAACUUGGAUCUGUCCUUUAACAUAGGGGUCAGCAACCUUUCAGAUUUCAAGGACCACUAAGUUCAUAAUUUUAAAUCCCGCAGACCACUAAUAUGAUUUUUUAAAAAGAUAAAUAGUAUUUAAUGCAAUAUAAAAAAUGCAAAUAAUUUUUCUGCAGACCACCAAAAUUUUCUCACGGACCACUGUUUUAAGACAAUGCAGAAUGAACUCUACCAGGUGUUUUCAUUUCGUGCGCACUACAUCCCAGAAAAAGCCAGUUUUUCCAUGGAUUGUGAUAGUCCACUUUAUAGCUAAGAACCCUUAUUCUAACAGAAUAAAUGGCACUUAAGGGGUUUCUUAGGGUUUGCCUUUGACUAGAAAGUAACAUUUUUCUAUUCUGUGUGAAAAUCAUCCUGCAACGUCAGACUGUUAUAGGUUCUGAUGGUGCAAUCCUGUGCAUUUUUAAAAUAAGUUUAAAAGAUCCAAAAAUCGUAUCUUGCCAAAUAUUUAUAGGGCUGCAAUUUAUGAUCAAGAUCCAAACUACUCCAGUGCUUUAAAAUGCUGAGUAUCAACUGUGCAUUUUAUAUUCCCUAUUUUCUGCUAUUGAACAUUAUUAGUAAUCUUAUUUCAGAUUUCCUGCCAUACAAAUCAGCGGAAUUCCUUUUACAGUUGGAAUUUUAAUUUAGACAAGUUAUCUGUGUACUUCAAACCAUGUCCAUGGAGAUCAAAGGCUUCCAGUUCCCCUUUGUACAAGUUACAUGGUUUUGCACAUUUAUCCAACACCACUUGUGGGUCCAGGUUGCAGAAAUUUAUUUUAUCUCUUUCCAAGCUAGAUCAGCAUUGUCUGUUCAUUUCAGUAGACACAGUAGGCUCUAAUAAUGUUCUUUAACCAAGGUAUGUUGAGCUCCUGAAAUGAAAAUAAACACUUCCAUUGUUUUUUUCUGGAUUGGGGUAAGGAACACCUGCAUUAUUGUUCUGAGGUUUCUAAGACACAAUCUCUAUGUCCAGCAUGUUCGUUUGAAAUUUCAUAUGGAAAUUCUGUGAUCACAGCAAGCUCCUGGGAUUUUAAUGAAUAGAUCCACCCUUUUUAAUAUUUCUAUUUCCUUCCGUAUUCUAUGUAAAUGAAUUCAAUUGCUGUAUACCAGGAAUUGCUUUCUACUUUAGCUUGGACAUAAUAAAGGCAUUUUGUGCCCCAAAUAUGAUUGGAUCUAUUGAUUUUUGAGCAGGAAAAGAAACUAAAUUUCAGGAUUGAGUACUAUUUCAAUGCUGUUUUGUUCUAUUUUUUUCCAUACAGCAAUAGCAAUAGCACUUAGACUUAUAUACUGCCCCAUAAUGCUUUAAAGCACUCUCUGGGCAGUUCAUAAUGUCAGCAUAUUGCCCCUAACAAUCUGGGUUCUCAUAUUACCGACCUUGGAAGGAUUGAAGCCUGAAUCAAGCUUGAACCUAUCAGGAUUGAACUCCAGGCUGUGGGCAGAAUUAGCCUCCAAUACUGCAUUCUAAUUAUGACACCAUCAGGGCUAUGAGCAUAUAUAUUGCAAAAUAAAGUCAAACUACUUCUCCAAGAGCCACAGGAUGCCGAUUUAAAAUGAUGUGCUUAUUCAUAAUAAAAAAUGUAUUUACUGGUACUUCUCGAGAUAAUACACAAAAUCUGAUUUGUGUUGUAUUGGACUACAGCAGGCAAAGGUGCUUUGUACCCAGCAUGGGCAACAGAAGUGGGUUUCAGCAGGUUCUGACCAGUUCUGGAGAACUGGUAGCAGAAAUUUUGAGUAGUUCAGAGAACUGGUAGUCAAAAUUUUGACUGGCCCCGCUUCCAUCUAUUCUCUACCUCCCAAUUCCCAGCUGAUUGGGAGGAAAUUGGAAUUUUUGUAGUAACCUUCCCCUGGAGUAGGGUGGGAAUGGAGAUUUUGCAGUAUCCUUCCCCUGCCACACGCACCAAGCCAUGCCACACCCACCAUGCCACACCCACACAACCGGUAGUAAAAUAAUUUGAAAUCCACCAUUGAUGGGCAAUUUCCACCAUGCGUUAUCACCUCCUGAACUCUUCCUUAAGAGUGUAGCUACUGUAGCUCUGUAGCUACUGUACAAACCCAGAAAAAUAAUUAGCUUCUUUGAGGAGGAGCCAACAGACUGCGCCCCCUUUGGAUUUGAAUAUUGCAUACCUGUCAUGCUCAGAUACAUGGCAAACAGCUUUAUGCCUUUAGCAAACUAAUAUUUUUAGCAGAUUUCUACAAAUCUGAAGAUUUAAUAUAUUUUCAUGCUACUUCAGUUGGUAGAAUUGGUGUCCUGCAAAAGCUAAUGUAUAGAAUAUCAAUAAUAAAUAUCAAUGUUUAAUAAGUAGUAAUAGUAAUCACUGACACUGCACAUCUCAAUACAAUCUCCCUUUCACUCUUUGACACACACACCGCAAAGUACUUCAAAACAGCCAGAUCUUAACAAGGUUUCAAAAUGUUUAAAGUGAAGGUAGAGAUCUUAUUUCUGGCAUAACUUACCAUCCUCCUCAUAGCUGGGCAGCUAAGGUAAGAGAAUGCACAGCUCAAAGUCACCUCAUUGAGAAAUGGGGGGUCGUUCUGGUGUCCCUUGAGUAGGCAGAUUUAGCUUGGAGCGAAAUUUGGCAAAUAAUCGGGUCCUAAACCUACAAGCAGAGUUGGAGACUGGGCCACAGUUGUCUAGAAAAGCAGGCCUAAGCCUGGACACUUG